AUGAACAAUUAUAAAAAUAGGUUACCAUAUGAAAGUCCCUGUGACUCUGAUAAUGAUUGGACUGAAUCUUCUGAAGACUCUAAAUGUAGUGAUUCUGAAAGUUCGGUACCAGAAUGGGAUUCAGAUGUGGCAGAAGAUGGAGAAUUAACUUACAUCAAAAUUAAACCAGGAGUUGAAGUAUCAGAUGACAAUCAUACCGCCUUACUUGAUAAUUGUGACACUUUCAAAUUAAGAACUGACUUUAAAAGAUCUUCAACUAGAAGAUCUACCAAAGGUAGAAUUUUCAAAGCUUUAAAAUCAAAAAAAGCAAGAAAUAAAGGUAUUAAUGCUGCCAAAAAGAAAGACUCUGAAGAAAAUAAUAAAAUAGUUGUAAUACAAGUCAGUAAAAGUAUGAUUUUUACAAGCGAUAAAAACUGUCAGAUUGAAAAAUUAUUUGGAAUAAGUCUGGAGACACAUAAAGAUGGCAAAACAUUAGUUGUCGCUGACUUUCUACCAGAGGCUAAGCCGAUAUAUACACCAACAGUAAAACUAGGUUAUUAUCUAACAAAACUAAAUGGAAUUGAUGUUAAUACAUAUAACAUUAAUAAUCUUCUUCAGAGGGUCAUUGAAGAUGUGGAGAAUCCACGACUAAUGUUCCAAGUUGUCUCGGAAGGGCUUAAUAUUGAUAUUGAAAAGUUACUGAAAAGUGCACCAGAAAACUCUGUUACUCAUAUACUUAAAGAAUCACUGUGUUCCAUACUGUACAUUUGUUGUAAUGAUGUGGAAUUCCAGAAUAAUGAUGACAAAGGGGUGCUAUAUUGUUAUCCGAGACCGCUUAAUAACAAUUUUCUUUACAACACAAGAGGUGCCUAUAUAACGCUAAACCAUUUAGCCCCAAAAUCACUCGGAACAAGUGAACCACUGGUAUCAACACUUUUACAUAAUUCUACACUUGUUAAUGUUGCAUACAAGUCACACAAUGGAGACUUAAUGUUGAUAGCAAUGCCAAACUCCGCAAUAGAUGUGUUUUGUGUUAAACGAAUUAUACAAGAUAUAGUAAGAAUGCUGGAGUUUUUAUAUGGGUCUUUAAAAACAUGUUUUACCAAACAAAAAAAUGUGGACAAGUUGGAUGGGUUAUUUUGUCGUAUUUUUGCGACUUUGUUGUUUGGUAAUAAGAGAAGUGGGAAUUUUCAAGAAGUAAUUGGUGCUCAUGCAGUCUCCUUACCGUUGGAAGUGAAAAUUCAGGUUGAUGAUGCUAUUACUGAAUUAGAGGCUGCUGAUUAUAGAGAAUGGACAGAUGACGUAGAGAACUUUCAAAGAAUGUACACUGUCAUUGGCGCUUGUCUUUUCUAUUCUGGGCAUUUACUAUGUUCACAUUUACAAGACAACGAUUUAAUAGAAAUCACAUCUUAUCUCAAAUUAAAUGGCAUUCUACAAUUGAGUGUUCAGAAAGAUAUUGAAAAGCUUGUUCUAUGGCGAGAGGUGUAUAUUAAUGAACAUAGAAAUCAAAAUAAAUAUUGUCACGAGUAUAGGAUACCGGAUGGCAGAUGGUUUCUCCUAAUUGUUGGCAAGGGGAACUUUAUCCUGGCAACACUGAUGGAGGCUGGCGGUUGCACUGAAGACGCAAUAGGCGUUACCCCACCGUCCCCUUUCUACGUAGAAGAAUGCGAGAGCUGUGUGGAACUAUUAUUUGAUGUCGGACUUGAUAGAUAUUUGUCUGCCUGGUUUAAAUCCAACACUCAACCGCAGUUACAGUUAUCGCCAGAAAAAUUAACGAAACAGGGAAGAAAGAAGGAUAUUUCAUUAAAAUCGGAUAUCAUCCGAUCAGCGACAUUAAAGCUUUCAAAAUCACAACUCGAUAUAAAACGAAGGCACAAUUCCUCAGAACAUAUAAACACAGUCGACAUACAAAGUGCCCACAGUACAAGCCAUCAUAAUCUGUAUUCACAAUGGUAUUCGAACAAAUACCGGCAUUCUAGUGUUGAUGUCAGCUAUUCCGAAGAUUCUGGAAGUCUUAAGAGUACUAGCGAAAUCAGCGACGAUCGGAUAAUGGGGAGACGCGCUGAUAGAGAACAAAAAAGUCGGAGAGAAUCUUCAGGCUCAGAUUCCGAUUGGGACAAACAGGACGGCAGCAGAUCAAGCAACAUUGACGUCUCGGAUAUAAGAAAGUCCUUGCUCAGCGAAUUGGAUAAAGUUACUGUACAUAGAGUAACGGCGGGCGAAGAAAAUGUAUUAUUUCAUUAUAUUAAUAUAGAAUCUGAGCGCGGGAUUCUGUUGGCUCCAGUCAGUUCUGUCGAGAGUGGCGCCCUCUAUUCAUAUAUUCUAAACACGUUUCGUACGGCCUGUAAGAGGAUACACGAACUGUUACAGCAUGGCAUCAGCUUUAAAAAGAACCACACACCUUCAGUGAACAAGAUGUUGGUCGGGGUCAAAGAGCAUGGCCUGUUAUUCGAUGUACCACACGAAGUGUUGAAUGAAUGUGGAGUUAAGAAAUACCAGGAACCUUACUCCUUUUGGGUAAUUGGUCGGGUUAUCAGCGAGCCGGAGCCUCGAGAGUUAUACGUUUGUUAUCAUGACUCCGUCCCACAGGAUCUCACCGAGAUCGCCUAUUUGCUGUCUUAUGCUGGAUGA